AUGGGAAAAGUUGGGUUAAGCAAGUCUGUAUCCUCUUUAGCGUUCCCGUACAAAGAGCUUUUCGGCAUUCUGACCGCGCCUAAAUUGGAGCGAGAGCAAAAUUUCGACGAAGCAUGGGGUGGUGGGGCGAGAGAGGUGACUUUUGAGGAUGUACCUACAGUAGCAACCCAGGGUGAAGACAGUUCUACCUCCCCUACAAAUGCAAAACAGAGAGAAAACCCCACAAAGUUCCCGUUUCGAGCUGUACAGCCAAGAUUGUCUCAAAGACGAGCACCUCCGGACGGCUUUACGAGUUCAGCAAGUUUGCUUGUUAUCACACCGUCAGAGGAACUAGUCUUUACUGGAACAACUUCAACAGGAGAAAUUCUUCAAUCUUUGUCGCUUGCCAACAACACCCUGUCAGCUGUCGCCUUCAAGGUCAAGACGACUUCACCGGAGAGUUAUCGCGUACGACCCAGCUCUGGAGUGAUUCCUGCUUCCUCGUCUGCCGAAGUCAGUGUGUUUUUACAGCCAGGUCAUGCUGCUAGUGUUAUUAGAGACAAAUUCCUGGUAAUGUCCACUGGGCUACAGGAUGAAAAGUCGCCGAGUGAACUAGCUGCAUUGUGGAAAACGAUACCCAAAGCAAACAUAGUUGAACAUCGACUUCGAUGCCGAUUUCUGGCGUCCAAUUCCCAGCUCUCCAGUCAUUAUUCUGAUCUUGCCGAAGGUAAACCAGUGACGUUAAGUAUGGCCAUUGACAGCAUUCAGUCACUUCAACGACAGCUCAAUGAUGUGGAGAAAAAGCUUGACGCCACCAACAAGAGAAUCGCCCACAUAGAUGAAGGCCUUCAUGUUUUUAUAAAAGUUCAAUUAGGUCUCUUCUCUGCUAUGAUAGUUUUAUUCGCUGUUGUGAUGUACUACGCUACGUACUUCAUGUAACACCUCAUAUAAAGUACCGUUGCGCUCACAGGUCCAAGUGGACGCGGUAAUAUAAUAAACUGAAACUAAGAAUUGGAAUUAAUUUUAAAGAUUUAGGACUUUGAAUAAGUUAGGCUCGAGUGAAUAUUGUAAACACAAAAAUUUGCGACAUUAAUAAACGACGUUUCGACAUCGUCAGAAGUCAUUGUGAAGUUAAUGUGUAGGUUAGUUUUUGCAUUACAAAUAGAUCCACAGUUAUGCGCAUGAGGUGGCAAAAUACACAUGUACUUGACAAUGACAUCCGACGAUGUCGAAACUUCGUUGAUUAAUUUCGCUAAUUUUUGUGUUGAAAAUAUUUAGGACGUUGUCCAAAAAUUGUUUGCUGGCCAACAGAAAAGGAUUUUUUUUUUUUUCAUUUGGCUCUUUUUAAAGUAAUGUUAUUCAAUUCAGUAAACUUUUUUGGCUGAAAAGUAAAACAGCAAAAAAGAUGAAAUGACUGAACUGUGAAACAUACGCAGCUUAACUUUGAGAGAGUGGAAAUAACUUCCUUUUUAUUGCGGAGAAAUUUGUAUCUGAUAUCUUUUUCAUUUUGUAGUAGUUCUUAACUGCUUUUCUCUAGGUUUAGUUUUAUCCACUCCUAUUGUUAGGACCAGUCUUCACUCUAGACUUAAAAGGGGUUUUAUACUGCUGUUGUUUGUACCGCACUGGAGAUCACCAAUUAAAGUUUGGCGCGUUUUCUUGCCUCCGGCCGCUAGGGCCUGGUUAGAGCCUUUGGUGGGCCUAGUUGUUAUGUUGCAAUCUUAAAUAAGACACUUCACUCUAGAGUUCCCCUUUCUCCACCCAGAAACACCUCGUUAGAAGUAGCGACGCUCAAAUCUUAGCCUGCGUGGCAGGCGUUCGAGUAAUAGUAAAGAGUGAGUUGUUGCUGUGCCCGAGAGCGAGAAUACGCGUGUGGGCUCUGCGCCGCUCGUGUCACGCGCGCGUCGCACCACUCCAACUCACACCCUAUAAACUCGAGCGCGUACGACGCAGGCUACUCAAAUUUUCAAACAAAUCAUGAAAAUCUAGAUACCGUGGGAAACACAAAUUACAUUGAUAAUACUUUUCAUUUAGGAUUUUUCUACCAGGAUUACGCGAGGGACUAGCGCCCUCACAGAAGGAUAUUCUAUUUUUCUUAGAAGUAAAAUAAAUUAUUUCAGUACAGUACUGUGAAUAGAUGGUGGUAUUAAUUUAUAAAUUAAAAAAAAGGUCACAUGUAAAUUGAA